UGUCAAUCUGCCACUGCUUCCUGUGCUGGCUGUGCUGGGGAAUUUAAGCAGCAUUCAGGCAGCCACUCUCUGCAGUAUUAUAUAAGUGUAACAUCAGCCCCUAUUGCUGGAGUGCCGCGUUACACAAUCACAGGGUAUUUGGACGGUUUGCAGUAUGGGAAAUACAACAGUAAAAUCCCCUUUGUUCAACCUUUGAUCCCAUCACUAAAAGCACUCACCGAGCAUCUGGAACUGCAAAUGAAAUAUGCCCAGGAAUUUCUAAAAUAUCAAAAGCAACAGGUUGCAUAUUUCACGUCCAUUUUUAACAAGACAUCUGUUCACCCCAAUGUGAAGAUUUUAAACUCAGAAUCAAACAGUCUCACAGAACUGCACUGCUGGGUGUAUGGGUUCUACCCCCGAGAUGUGGAAGUGAAGUGGAUAAAGAAUGGGAGAGAUGAGAUUUACUCCGAGGAAUCAGCAGAGAUCCUGCCAAACCCUGAUGGCACCUAUCAGAUCAGAGUCAGUGUGGAGGUAACACCAGAGGAGGGCGCCACUUACUCCUGCCAUGUGGAUCACAGCAGUUUGGAGAAUCCACUGGUUGUUCCUAUGAAUCCAACAACAGACAUCAUUUGUAUAUCCUCAUCCCUGUCAGUGCCACAUUGCUCCCCCUCCUGAUAAUCCUUGGAGUAUGUGUAUACAUAAAGAGAAUGACAAAAG